AAUUCCCGAAAUUCACUUUUGGCUUCUUCUGGAUUUGGAGUGUCUCUCCCAAGUGCUUCCCAGUCCUUGGUGUUUGGGGGUGGAAGGAACCAAUCAAAUGGAGUGGUGACUCCAGAAAGCAAGCCUUCUGGAUUUCCUUUUGGGUGUAGUACUGGACAAGAGGCUCAGAAAGAUUCUGAUCUGUCUAAGAACUUGUUUUUUCAAUGCAUGUCUCAAAAUUUACCUUCCAGUAACUACUUCACAGUCAUUUCAGAAAGCUUGACUGAAAAUGCCUCUAGUCAAGACUCACUCAAGCAGUGUACAGAAAGUGUGGGUCCUGGGAUCUGUAAAGGUAAAAUCCUUUCAACAGACAUUAAACCAGGAGCCCAGUCUGGCAGUUCUGUGGAGCGGAAGCUGCCUGUGGAAUCUAUGCCUACCCUUACUCCAGCCUUUUCACGAAAUCUGGUGAAUCCUCGCCCCCCAGAUAGUCAUGAAAACCUAUUUUUACAGCCCCCAAAGCUAUCAAGAGAGGAACCCUCAAAUCCUUUCCUGGCAUUUGCUGAGAAAGUGGAACUUAGUCCUUUCAGUGGCUUUGCAACUUCAUCUCAGACAGGAGUUUCUACUCUCUCUACACCUGUGGGUCAGAAGGCCACUUCCGGCUGGCCAGAAUCACUCACUUCUACAGACUCUUCUCUAGCUAAGAAGAAAACCUUGUUUAUAACAACUGACUCUUCAAAGAUGAUCUCCAGUACUCCUGGUUCAACAGUUGCAGCUGGUGUUCAGAGCCCUUCCACUGUGGGCAAUGGCCGUUCCAGCUCACCGACCAGCAACCUGACACAGCCUAUUGAGAUGCCCACACUUUCCUCCAGCCCAACAGAAGAAAAACCAGCUGUUGGGCCUGGGCAGCAGGACAAUCCUCUUCUGAAAACUUUUUCUAAUGUGUUUGGCAGGCAUCCACCUAUUUUUUUCUCUUCACAGGCAGAGUUUCCACAGGAGAGCAAAGCCCCUUUUGAAGCUGUGAAAAGGUUCUCUCUAGAUGAGCGGAGCUUGACAUCCAAACAGGACUCAGACUCCAGUACCAAUAGUGACCUGUCAGAUUUGAGUGACUCUGAAGAUCAGUUGCAGGCCAGGGCUUGUAUGAAGGGAAUCCCAGACCACUUGAUGGCAAAGCUAGGCCCUAAUGCAGAGUGCAAUGCUGAAUUGCUGCUGGGGAAAGGAAAAGGGAAGCAAGCCCCAAAGGGCCGGCCUCGCACAGCUCCCCUAAAAGUUGGCCAGUCUGUGCUGAAAGAUAUGAGUAAAGUGAGGAAGCUGAAGCAGUCAGGUGAGCCUUUUCUCCAGGAUGGCUCUUGCAUCAAUGUAGCUCCACAUCUGCACAAGUGCCGGGAGUGCCGUCUGGAGCGGUACCGUAAAUUUAAGGAGCAGGAGCAGGAUGACUCAACUGUGGCAUGUCGCUUCUUCCAUUUCCGGAGGUUGGUAUUUACCCGGAAAGGUAUUCUACGAGUAGAGGGUUUCUUGAAUCCACAGCAGAGUGACCCUGAUGCCAUGAGCCUAUGGAUUCCUUCUUCCUCCCCUGCAGAGGGGAUUGAUCUGGAAACUUCCAAAUAUAUUCUGGCCAAUGUUGGGGACCAGUUCUGCCAGCUGGUUAUGUCAGAGAAGGAGGCAAUGAUGAUGGUGGAGCCGCAUCAGAAAGUGGCAUGGAAGCGAGCAGUACGUGGUGUGAGGGAAAUGUGUGAUGUAUGUGAGACAACGCUUUUCAAUAUUCAUUGGGUUUGUCGCAAGUGUGGUUUUGGGGUCUGUCUGGACUGUUACCGACUGAGGAAGAAUCGUCCGCGUAGCGAGACAGAGGAGAUGGGUGAUGAGGAAGUCUUCUCAUGGCUGAAGUGUGCAAAGGGUCAGUCUCAUGAACCAGAGAAUCUUAUGCCGACACAGAUCAUUCCUGGUACAG